AUCAGCACCAAGACCGGAGAUCGUGACAAUCAUCCUUGAUCCUAGUCGGCGCUGCUCAUCGAGUUUCACAGCCAAACUCUCACGCCGCCGCGGCGCCGAUAUUUCGACGACUUUGACCGCCGCUGUUCCAGACUUCCACACGACUGUACCAUCGCAACCACAUACGCUGCUGUUGGACACGCCUGUACCGUAGUGCACUGCACCUCCGCAUCUGUCAGAAGCUGUCGCCCCGCGAGAGAUUGCCAACAGCGAUCGAUCUGCCGCCUCCGAGAACUGCCGAGCGGGACCAUACACUGCAUUCGAAAUCACAGAAGCGCCUGUAUUGAGCGAACCAACAUAGAAAAAAACAGCAAAUCCCUUAUAGCGGCGGAGAUACAGCAGCGGUGGCGGAGCACGACCCUGCGCAUACACGGCGCUCGCCGUAGGGCAUCGGAGGAGAAGGAGAGGAGGAACCGCGGACGAGAGGUACAAUCUCGAGCAGCGUGUGCGCAUACGCGUAGUAAGCGCAUCGGUACACAUUUCGAGGCCGUCGCGCUACCGACGGCCUGCUCGAAUGCAGCAGUCGCAUGAUGGAUCCGCAGAGCCAGUCUUUUACCCCAUCCUACAACAGCAGUAACGAGAAUUGGCGAUUACAAGGCGAUAUCACCAGAGUCCAACAGAUUCAGGCGGAGCACGCCGAGCGGAUAGCGAGACUAGAGAGAAGGCAGGAGGAUGAUGCGCGUAUGAAGAGUGUAUGGGGAAACCAGUCACCUUUUCCUAGUGUAUUGAGUGGAACGCCGCAGCACGGUACGUAUCUGAAAAUGUGCUCUCAAGGAAUUCGAGUUGAUUCGAAUGGCGCAGGACCUCUGCAACAACCACAUUCGGACCGAUUUGCUGAUUUCGACGACGAGGCCAAUAACCUGAUGAGUAGCCUGCACCUGGACGCAGAAAGCGAGCCUCGGAGAGGGAUGGGAUCUGCGUCGAGGGCGAACAGCGUUCGCUUCGACGAGUCUGCCAAUCAAAAUUACGUCUCGCACUCCUCGCGACCCUCGGUGGAUUUCCUGUCUCGCACCAGCAGUGGCCUUGGUGGUCUUCGACUAGAUGAGAGGACUUCCUCCCAUAAGUCUGAGGGGCGUGCCAGCUCUGCGCAUUCAAUGCGCUCUGCUGCAUCAGGACGAGCCAACAGCCUCAAUCUGGAUACUGCGGCUUUCGGACUGGGCGCGCUUUCAAGAUUGCCCUCGGAGGUACCACCUGCAGGCUUAGCUCCCGGACUCAUGCUUCUUGGUGCAGUCCCUGCAAUAAUACGAUGCUGGAUGAACACCAAUUUCAAGCACGACGCUUUGCUCUAUGCGGCGGUUUGCACUGGCUCAUAUAGAUCAUUUCUGGAUCUGCGCCUCAUUGAGAAACUUGGCUUCGAGACUUCAAUUACUGUCGAAGACGAUGGUACCCGUGUAGUGGAGCUGCCAGUGUUCUUCCCGGAAGCUGUUCCCCAUCCUGCAUCUUCGCGUUCCAGUAGCCCGGCACCGCAGCUGCCGUCACUUACGGUAGAGUUUCGUGUCAUCGAACAGGGCGACUUCGACAACGAAAGGGCACUGCAAAUCUUCCUGGGCAGCGACGUCCUCCGUGCUCAUAACGCAGACAUCCUUUUCUCUUCUAACAGCAUGACCAUCUACGACAAUGAGCGCAAUAAGCUGAGCAUUCCUCUAUCUCGGCCCGAGAACGAGUCGGCUUUCAACACGUUAUUCGUUGCUAGCGGCAAGGCGCAGUCGGCACCUCGCAUAGGCAAGUCAGAGCGGUCUCCGAGGGAACAGCCAUAUUUGAAUGGAUUAGGUCAAGCUAGCUCGACAGCUUCGGUCUCAUCCGCUGCAGCAAGCCCUCCCCCGGGCAAAUACAGACCACCGGGUGCAAUUGCGGCGGAAAGCGGUAAUGCCGAUUCUGCAAGGCCUGGUGCUAUUAACUCGGACAGCGAAAUACCAACAAGCCCAUCAGCGAGCACUGCACGACCAUCUCUUACGAUGCUGAAUACGAAGUCAGAUAGAUCGGAGCGUGAAGAGGCGCCCGCAGAUGCAGGAUCUCAGACGACACCUUUACGUUCUGGAAGCAGUCCUGCAAUCUGGAGCAACUGGCGACGAGAUGGCGCUGGUUCCUCGACCAUUUCAUCGAGCGGCUUGGAUUGGGUAGGCGCCAGCAAGAGUCGAGAACAGUCUUACCAGCGGAAGGAUACUGGGAUUAAAGUGCUCAAGCCUAAGACUGCCAGCCGAACGUUCUCAACAAGUGCGACUCCAACUUCAGGUGUUGCCAGCCCAGGUGAUGGAAAGAGCCGGUUCUUCGACGAAGGUCGGCGCAGAAGCGAGCUCGAUCCAAAGCCUGCUAGUAUCACGUCGAAGGAGAAUUCAGUGUCUGCUGGCUCUACAACCGCACAGCCCAAGACGAAGUCGAAUCCUAUAGGUGGGGCGUCUGCGUUCUCUUGGCUCAACUCUGGAGGCUCGAAGUGA